GCAUUAACGCUUAGCGGGAAACGUGGUCACUGCUGGACAACAAAUGCGUUCCGCAGCCAAUCGGGACAAAAGUAGACGUUAAUUAUUCAUAGGAAGAAUUUCGCAAGAGCAAUACGCGAUUCGCCAAUAAAUAGCUAAGGAAUUGACGAACUUCUAUUACUUUCAUUGGCAACUGGUCGGCAACGUGCAACGUUCAACGCUCAACGCUCACCUUCAACAUUAAAGUGCAACCUGAAACUUGCAACGGGCAUCUAGCGAUGAUGCCAUCACUGUAUUUGUUGUGAUUUGAUUGCUGCCCACCUGUUAUUGUUGUUGUUGCCAUUGCUGUGCUGGAGUGCAGCCAACUAGUUACGAUUUGAAAAUCGGUCAAUGGAAAAGCGCUAGUGAGUGGUUCAGCUGCUCAACUGCAACGAAGACAAGGAAGUGUGCGGAGGAGGGGAAGAGGCUACAGCGGAGUUGGAAAAUAUGUCGCUAAAGAAAGAAACGCCCUCGGAUGUGCAGUUGCACAUGGCGGCGUUACGAGGCGAUGAGUUGGGACUGCAGCGCGUGCUCGACAGCGGGAAGGUGCAUGUGGAUUGCAAGGAUGAGGAUGGCACGACACCUCUAAUCUUGGCCGCAGCUGGCGGACACACGCACUGCGUCAUGGAGCUGUUGGACCAAGGUGCUGAUCCCAAUUCCCGUCGCUCCACAGGCACCACGCCACUGUUCUUUGCCGCCCAAGGCGGCCACUUGGAUGUGGUGCAGAUUUUGGUGAAGGCGGGCUCCAGUGUGGACACGCCCAGUGUGGAUGGAGGCACGCCCCUCUUUGUGGCGGCCCAAGGGGGACAUGUGAAGAUUGUGAGGGAGCUACUGGACUGUGGUGCGAAUGUAAAUGCGUGCAUGAAGGAUCGUGCUACUCCCGUGUUUAUUGCCGCUCAGAACGGACAUCGGACGGUGCUGUCGCUGCUCAUUCAGGCGGAUGCUGAGACCGACAUCAAGCGGAUCGAUGGCGCUACGCCCCUCUGGAUAGCCGCACAAAUGGGCCACGACCACAUAUGCAAGGUGCUGCUGCAGAAUGGCGCCAACGUGGAUGCAGUGCGUUGCGACGGUGCCACGCCCCUGUUUAAGGCCGCCCACAAGGGACACGCCGCUGUCAUCACCGUGCUGCUGAAAUAUCGACCCAAUCUGGGCCUGCUGCCCAACGGCGAGUCGGCGCUCCACGCGGCAGCCAUGUUCGGCCACAUGACCGUCUGCAAGCAGCUGGUGGCCGCCGGCUCCGAUGUAUUGCUGAAGAAUCAGGAGGGCCUGACGGCGCUGCAGUUGGCCCGACAACAGAAAUACACCUCGAUUUGUGAUUAUCUGCAGGAUCGACUGCGCACGGUGCUGGCCCGCAAUGCUGUGGCCAUGGCUUCGGCCUCGGCUGCGGCCUCCACGUCGACAUCGGCAUCGGCUUCGGCGUAGAGCAACAAACAUCAAAAUUUAUGAAACGACCAUGUCGCCUCCCAGAAGUACCUUUAUGCACAAUAUGUUGGCCUUUAUUUUGUGCUUGUAUUCGAACGGUAGAAGUUUCCACGGAACACACACCAACCAACAAUCCACAACACGUCCAAGUGCUGAGCGUAAAGCAACGCAUUAAUUGUAGAGAAAUGCCAUAAAGCCUAACAAACAGAACUAAUUUCGAUUUUGUGGGCCACACAAGAACAUUUGAAAACGUCGAUAGAAAUUAGUACCACAGUUGACAAAGAUUAUCAAAACUAGUCUCUAAGCUCAAUAUUCCAUCGAUUCGGAAGCUUAUCCAACUUAAUCUUCCGAUUGGGAAAGCUUUAACUAAAAGUUGAAAAUCGAUUUCUAGCAGAACUUUCACUUUUACUUUUAUACUGAUUAAUUUUUCAAUAUUUUUAACUAAACAUUCAUUUCUAAACUUGUAACCCCCACAUCGAAAUUAAUUUUGUAAACAACAUGGGCUUUAUAAACUAAUAAUUAACUAAAUGGAGCUUGUAUUUGAAUUUAUCUUGUUUAGCUGAACAAGUGUAAACUAGUUAAUGAUUAAUUCUCUCUAUCACACCCACACCCACACACACACACAAAUACACACAUAAUCACACAAUCACACAAAUUGUUAACAUGGACCAAUAGCGAGUCCUUUGUACAUAAACAUUUAUGCAUUGACCUUAACCUAAGCAAUUGUUAACGAGUGCUUUAAUCGAACAUGUUUUUGUUUCGCCUGUUUCGAUUGUACAUUAUGUAUCUACAUACAUUUAACUACUUGAUAAUACGUUUUUUAUUAUAAUAAUUACUUUAUACCGUUUAAGUGUAGCAAAUCCCCUUUUUCGAAAUUAAUAAAGUGACUAAACUGUUGAAAAAGUUAA